AUGUCUUCCUCGGGCGGAUCUCAGGCCAAGGUCCAAGAGUUUCCGAGCGACCAAAAAGAUGGGCUCUACCGCACUCAAGAGAACGGCGAACAGCCGUCUGAUCGGCGUGACUCGAUCCUCGUCGACGACAAGUCGCCUGGUGUGGCUAGGAUUGAGGCAAUGAACCAAGUCAUCACCCGGACCGAUCGAAUCUUUCUCUUCAUCGGUGUCUUCCUCAUCGCAUACGCCUACGGCCUCGAUGGAACUGUACGUUACACCUACCAAACCUAUGCAACGGCGUCAUUCAAGAGUCACUCCCUACUAGCCACUAUCAACGUCUUGCGCGCGGUUAUUGCGGCUGCGGCACAGCCUACCGCGGCCAAGAUAGCCGACGUCUUCGGGCGUCUGGAGUUGGUUUUCGUCAGCGUUGUCUUCUAUGUGGUCGGGAGCAUUAUUGAAAGUUGCGCGACCAAUGUCAACACCUUCGCUGGAGGCUCGGUUCUGUACCAGAUUGGCUACACCUGUGUCAUGCUUCUCGUGGAGGUCAUCGUUGCCGAUAUUACCUCCUUGCGGGCUCGGGUCUUCUUCAGCUAUAUUCCUACCCUGCCCUUCGUCGUCAAUACGUGGGUCAGCGGCGAUAUCACCGAGGCGGUCCUAGCCGCCACGACGUGGAGAUGGGGUAUCGGAAUGUGGUGCAUCAUCUAUACAGUGUGCGCAGUACCACUAAUGAUUUCACUGUGGAUCGUGGGUCGUCGUGCUCGGAAAGCCGGUGUUUUGGAUAAAUACAAAUCCCCGUACGAGACGCUGGGAGCGAAGCAUUUAAUCGUGGGACUCUUUUGGACCUUGGAUGUGGUCGGCAUUAUCUUGCUGAUUGCUGUCUUUGCUCUCAUCCUAGUUCCUCUGACCAUCGCGGGCGGUAUUGCAUCCAAAUGGCGUGCCGCUCAUGUCAUUGCACCACUGGUUGUCGGUAUUCUGUGCAUUCCGGCAUUCGUUGUCUGGGAGCUUCGGGCUCCUCGUCCUCUUGUGCCAUUCUACCUGCUGAAAGACCGGGCAGUCUGGGGUGCAUUGGGAAUCGCGUGUACCCUCAACUUUGCAUGGUACAUGCAGGGCGACUACAUCUUCACGGUGCUCCGAGUGGCCUUCGAUUUCAGCGUCAAGGGAGCCACCAGGGUCUCGUCGCUCUACAGCUUCACUUCGGUUAUUGUUGGCUUCGUCUUGGGGUUGAUCGUCUACAAGGUUCGGCGCCUGAAAUGGUUCAUUGUAGCCGGCACCUGCUUGUUCAUGGUGGCCUUUGGCCUCCUGAUUCACUACCGGGGGUCGCCCACUUCAGCUGGCCAAUCCGGUGUGAUCGGGGCACAGGUCUUGCUUGGUUUCGCAGGAGGCCUAUUUCCGUACCCAGCUCAAGCGUCCAUUCAAGCAGCCUCCAAGCACGAGCACGUUGCCGUCAUUACCGGAAUCUACCUUGCAACAUACAACAUCGGGUCUGCAUUUGGCGGCGCUGUUUCUGGGUCGAUAUGGACCCAGGUGUUGCCAUCACAGCUUGAGGAGCGCCUCGCUGCAUUUGACAAUUCGACCCUGGCUGCCGCAACAUACGCAGACCCGUUCUCAGUGAUCGCGGAAUAUCCGGUUGGCACUCCCGUCCGGACAGCGAUCAUUGCGGCUUACCAACAUGCUCAAAGACUGCUUUGCAUCACGGGCAUUUGCCUCUGCGUGUUAUUGAUCGGAUUUUCGUGCUGUCUCAGAAACCCCAAGUUGGGCGACGAACAGAGUUUGCCAGAGGUCGAGGAGAAGGGUGUCCGCUGA